UCUUUACUGUUGCUGCCAGGGCGUCAAUGGCGGAAGUCCGCGGCAGAAGUUAAUAUGACACAAGACAGGAUCGCAUAAGAGGUCAGCAAGGAUGUCAAUAGAGGCAGAGACGUUGCUGCAGGAGGCAAAGGAGAGCAUUGAAGCAGCCCAAAACUACAGAAGCGAGCUACAGCAGAGACUGCAUGGACUCAGCCAGGCACGCAAACAGGUGCGGGGCAGUGCCAGUCAGACGCGCGAGGCUCUGCAGCGGCACUUCCAGGAGCUGCAGACAGCAGUGAGUCGACUGCUGACCGAGAGGCUGAAUGCUCUGCUGCAAGAGGUCGACAACAUCGAGCUGGACAGUGUCAGUCCCUUAGAUGACUGUCAGAAGCUCAUUGAGCAUGGAGUCAGCACAGCUGAUGAGCUGCUCCGAGAGGGGGAGGCUGCCAUCCGCUGUGGCAUAAAUGAGAAGGAGGACAAGCUGGGCAGCUUCACUAAGAAAGCCCUGCAGAUCCAGUUGGACAGUCUGCCCGAGGUACCUGCGCUGGUGGACGUGCCGUGUCUGUCUGCGCAGCUGGACGACACUUUGCUGCAUAUGUUCCGGACACACGUGGCUCGGCACAGCAGCGUGGCCUCUCAUCCGCCCGUCCAGAUUGAGGAGCUGGUGGAAAGACCGGGCGGUGUGCUGGUGCGCUGGUGUAAGGUGGACGAUGACUUCACCCCGCAGGACUACCGGUUGCAGUACCGUCGCGGUAACUCUUCUCAGUAUGAGGACGCGUACAUUGGAAAAGACACCGAGUUCCUGGUGCUCCAUCUUGACCCGCACAUCGACCACCUGUUUCGUGUGUGUGCCAGAGGAGAGGGCCGAACCGAAUGGAGCCCGUGGAGCAUCCCGCAGACCGGCUACACCACACUCGCACCCCACGAAUGGCUUCCAGGCAUGGAUGGCUACAUUUUAAGCAGUAGGAAGAACAUCGCUAUGCGCAAUGACUCAUCGCCUGGUCAUGGGGGUGUUCUGUACUCCAACUCCCCCUCAUACUUCUGUGGCCAGACCCUCACCUUCAAGAUCACAGCUGCUGGACAGACAGAUAAGCGGGACAGUUUGGGUGUGUGUGCGGACAGCAGAACUGCCACAGACUCACUGCAGAGGGAUCAGGCUGUCUGCAUCUCCACUAAUGGUGCCGUGUUUGUGAACGGAAAGGAGAUGACCAACCAGCUACCAGCCAUCACUGUUGGCUCUUCUGUGACCUUUGACAUGGAAGUAGUCAGCCUCUUUCCUGUGAGCAACAAUAACAACCCCAGCGAUGGUGGAAACUUCAAGCUGAGGGUGACGAUUGGCUCAGGGAACAGGGAAGUGGUGUUUGAUUGGCUGCUGGAUCAGGUGGUGGACAGCCUUUUCUUUGGCUGCUCCUUCACGCACCCUGGAUGGAAAGUGCUGGUGUUUUGAUUGUUGCAUGAUGAAAGAUCCAGUCUGCUGGAAUUCAAGACCUCAAGUUUCUUUAAUGUUAUCAAACUUCCCAAGUGCUUACAGUGUUCAGAUGUCACAUUUACCUUUUUUCUUAUUAUCAGCACCACGUAUCACUGCAGAAUAACAUUAGAAUUUGUUUUGAGGUAUGACGCCAACCACUACUCUUUGACCUCAUUACAGAUGGACAGGUGUUGUGGUAUUUGCAUAACAGUAAAUAUUUGCAAAAGAGACUGUUACAUGUUUGAGGAGUCUAAUAAAGUCUUUAGCAGCAGGUGUUAAGUUGCAAAGCAUGCUGGUCUGGUUUACCACAGAAAAGAAUCUACUGUGAAGCAUUCAGAGAUCAAAGGCACUCAAAACUGCUCAAAAAUGUAAAAAAAAACUAACAAAAACAAAAUGCUUUAUAGCAAAUGACGAAGCUGAAUCUUUUACGCUCGGACAAUCUUUUCUGCUUUUGAGUUUUCUCAAGUCAGAAGUGGAGAAUAUAUCCUUAGAACUUUUAGUCUGUUUAAACAGCUGAAUGUCGUUUGAUUUAGGACACUGUAACGUUUAGAGAUGGCAUAUAACAACUAGUAUUUAAUUCGUGUUUGCCUGGUACUCCGUGCUCUCAUUUAGAAAGUACUGUUUUUAAUUUUUACAUCACAGGGUAGAGUGUUUAAGGUGUCAACCCAUUCAUUCACAACUUCAGCAAAAUAAUACUGAUCAGUAGAUACCAAUAGGUUUCCACAGAAAUGUGAUAAUUCGCACUAAGCUCAAGUGUUGUGCCAUUUUAUGGUGAUCUUUUUUUUUUUAUGUUCACAUUUUUACAUGCAGUCUUACUGAACCACUUCAUGUUUUUAUCAGUUGGCUUACCUUACAGUAAUGUUUAUAAUGCUUUGGCUGGAGAUUUCAGAGGAAAAACAUUUGACAAAAUGAGAGGACAAGCACCCAACUCGCAUGUUCCCGAGAUAAAACAUCGUUUACAAGGUACCAUGUAAUUCCUCACUGCAGAAGAGAACAUUUGUAACUCUAUGCAGAUUAACCCAUGAAAGAUCUGAUCUAUACUAUAUUUAUAAAACUGUGACCGUUUAAUGUGUAUUUUAUUUUGUCUGUGCCUUUGCAGUACAGCUGUAAGAAUACAACUGAACAUUUGAGAUUUAAUAAAUUGUUUGGAA